ACGGUCGGCGGCCAAAAAAAGUGUGUUCCAUCUCGUGUUUCCCUGUUCGGUUUCGCUAACAAAAUGAAGGAAUCCGGCAAGAAAUCCAAACGAGCGAGCACCGGUGGAGGAGCAACGGGGCGCUCGAAACCGGAAACACCAGCAACAACAGUGUCCCAGGACACCGGAAAAGCGAGCAAGAUAUGGGAAGAUUCACGGUUCGCGCAUCUCGUAAACGAUCCGCGGUUUCGCGGGCUGCCCAAGUCGGAAAAGAAGGUGAAAAUCGACAGCCGGUUUAAGUCGAUGUUCCAGGAUGAGCGGUUCCAGGUGAAAGCCACGGUGGACAAGUACGGCCGUCCGGUACGCAAAUCGGAUGCGGAUGAGCUAAAGAAGUUCUACGAGCUCGAUGAUGAGGACGAGGACGAAGAGGAGUUACAGCGUGAACGGGAGCGAGAGGAGCGUGCGAUGGAGGGACGGGACAAGGACGAGGGCGAAAAAGAAGAUCAAUCAGACGAUGAAUCCGAUUCGAGCGAAGAUGAAGAUGAUGGCCUGCAGCUGACGGAGGAGGAAAAAAGGAUGGUUCUGUCGGAGAAAAUCAAAAACCGGCUCAAAGACCUCGAUGUCGAUUAUGCACGUGGCGAAGCCACGAUCGAUUCGGACGAUGAAGAGGAUGACGAUGAGGACGAGGACGAGGAAGAGGAAGAUGAGGUGUUUAUCGAGCACGUGUGGGGAGAGCUGGACGCGGAUGUGGAGCGUACGGAAGAUUCCACCAACCGGCUGGCCGUUUGCCACAUGGACUGGGAUCGCAUUCGUGCGGUGGAUAUCAUGGUUUUGCUUUCUUCGUUCCUCCCACCCGGGAAUUCCAUCAAAAGUGUCAAGAUUUAUCCUUCCGAAUUUGGCAAAGAGCGCAUGCAGCAGGAGGAAGAGCGUGGCCCACAGGAACUAACCACCCGAACCGGUGAUGUAUCGGAUGAGGAAGAGGAAGACGAAGAGCAGCAAAAGGAGCGGUUGCGGGAGUAUCAGCUGAACAGGUUGAAAUACUUCUAUGCGGUCGUGGAAUGUGAUUCCAUUGAGACGGCCGACAAAAUCUACAAAGAAUGUGACGGUGUAGAGUAUGAGAGUACGGCCAACAAGCUCGAUCUGCGUUUCAUUCCGGACGAAAUGGAUUUCAGUGAGGAUGAACCCAAGGAUAGCUGCACCGAGCUGCCGGAGAUGGGGAAGUACGUACCACGCAUCUUCACAACGACCGCACUGAACCAAGCGAAGGUGGAGCUCACGUGGGACGAGAACGAUGUCGAGCGGAAAGAGUUUAACGAGAAGCUCAGGGAUGGCAAAUGGGCUCAGAUGCCGGAGACGGAACUGAAAAAGUAUGUCGCCUGUUCCAGUUCCAGCGAAGGCGAGGAAGAACAGACGAAUGGGAAGGUGAAAAAAAGCAAAAAAAAGCGAUCGAUUCUGCUCAUUCGAGCACCGAAAAGUGAUGAAUCGGAUGACGAUGCCGAUGACGAUGAUGAUGAUUCCGAUGAGGAAGCGGAAUCGAAGGGAAACAACAAAAAGCAGGACAUGAUUGCGAAGUAUAAAGCCCUUCUCAACGACAUGAAGGAACAGGAGAAAGCGGAAGAGGAGGCACAGGUUGGCAUGGAGUUCAGCUGGAAGGUUGACGAUAAGGAGGAAUCAACGGAGACGGACCAAAAGGAAAGCAGCGAUCGCACCGGAUCCCACAAACUUCCGGAUGAUGUGAAUCCGUUUGAAAAGAUUUUACAGAAAAAGAAAGAGAAAAACAAAAAACGUAAAGAGCUUAAGAAACGUCGCAAACGUGGCGAGCUGGAUGAUGACGCAGAGAAUGGCAACGGUUCGGCGGCCGACAGUGAAUCGGAGGACGAUCUUCCUUAUGGUGUCGAUCUGAAUGAUCCCUUCUUCGCGAGCGCAUUCGAUGAAAAGGAGUUUGGCAAACCUCAGAAGAAGCAGAGCAAAUCGAAAGAACGCGACGCGAAAUCGAAGGAAGAAGAGGAACGAGAGGCAGCGGAAGAAGCGCGCAGGAAGGCCGAGUUGGAGCUGCUGCUUGACGACGGUGACGACAACCGGUCCCACUUCAAUCUGCGCGCCAUUCAGGAGCGUGAGAUCGAUCUGAAAUCGGUUUCGAAGUCGAAACGGCGGCGUUUGCUGAAGAAGAGCAAACGGGAGAUCGAGGAGCAGCGCAAUGGACGUGCCGAGGCGGGUGCGACGGCUGAGGAUGACUUUGAGAUCAACGUCGAGGAUAGUCGGUUCGGAGCGAUCUUCUCGAAACCCGAGUACAACAUCGAUCCGACCAAUCCUGCGUUUAAGAAGACCAAGGGCAUCGAGCGGAUUAUUGAGCAUAAGCUGAAAAAGCGCCAGCUUGCGGAAAACGACGUGAGGGAGGAUGAGAGUGGUCGGGGGGAACGUGAAGUGAAAAAGCAGAAGAAGGAUGUGGCCACUACCUUGUUGGUGAAGAGUAUCAAACGAAAGAUAGGCAAAAACAAUUGAGCUAGCCAGCUAGCAUGCGAUAGAGAAUGUUAAAUAAACUUGAAUAUCCCUGUGA